AUGCACUCUUCACUUCCUCUUCUCACCAUUUUCCUUUUCCUACUUCCUUCUCUAAUCCAAUCUCAAAUGUGCCAAAGAAACUGCGGCAAACAGCCUCUCCGGUACCCUUUCGGCGGCGGCCCCGGCUGCGGCGACCCUCGCUUCCAACCACACAUAACAUGCAACCAACAAAAACUCACUUUCACAACACACACAGGCUCCUACCCCAUCACCUCAAUCGACUACACAAACCAAAUCAUACACAUUUCAGAUCCCACCAUGUCAACAUGCUCUUGCACCUUACCUAGCAAAGGCUUCGGCUUAGAUUGGAACGCGCCGUUUACCUUCGACGAUAGCACCGUUUUCGCUCUAGUAGACUGCUCCAUGAACUCAUCAUCCAUAUGCAAAUCAAGAAGUUAUGAUGAUGGAAGCAAUGCUAAGCUUCAAUGUGAUCAAAACACACAAAUUUGUGAUGUUAUGUAUUCUUGUAGACCUAUUAGUACUAAUAUUAAUCUCCCGAUUUCGACGUGUUGUGUUUAUGCACCGGUUAAUCUCGGUCCGUCUUUUGAAAUGGAUCUUCAGAAGCUUCAGUGCAGUUCUUAUACAGGUUUUUAUAAUUACAAUGAUCAACAAGUUGAUCCUGAAAAAUGGAACUAUGGAAUUGCACUUAAGUAUAAGUUUAGUGUCACAAAUGAUUAUCCUAGCUCAUGUGAAGCUUGUGAAAGAAGUUAUGGAUUUUGUGGAUAUAGUGAAGCUUAUAAUUCAUUUUUAUGCAACUGUCCUAAUGGAAUUAACACCACUACAGAUUGUUUCUUCAUAUCAUAUAAUCAUGGUUUUAGAAAUGGGUUUGCUUGGUUGAUCUAUGGUGUGGCAUGGUGUUUGGUUGGGCUCAUCUUGUAA